AUGGUUCCGAAUCUGAGGCACAACGAGUGGACAUUUUCUGAGGAAAUUUGCUAUCUGAACGAAUUGGACCAUCUGCGAGGACAAACAGUUUUAUCACCACUGGAAGAGGCCCGACUGAACGCUGUAGUAGAGAGAAACAAGGAGCUCAUGGGGAAUAAUUUAGGCUGUACGAAUAUGUCUGAACAUGUCAUCGUGACCAACUCACUAUCCAUCAAGCAACGUUAUUAUCCUGUGUCGCCUGUUAUUCAACAACAUAUUGAUCGAGAACUAACAGAGAUGUUGAAGAACGAUAUUAUUGAGACGCCGAAUAGUGACUGGUCAUCACCGGUUCCUCUCGUUAAGAAGAAAUAUGGGAGCUACCGCUUUUGCGUUGAUUACAGAAAACUCAAUUCGGUAACGGAGACCAUAUGCUUCUCACACGCUCGAUGA